AUGAUAAAUAGAUCGAAUAAACAUGAACAAGAAAAAUCUUUAUAUAUAAGAAUAUAAGAUUAAGUUAAAAAAUAAGUAUUUGAAAUAAUAUACUAAGUACUUCGUGAGGAAGAAAUCUCAAUUUAUCAUCGUUUUAUAUUGAUAUUCAUAGAAUUUUUUUAGAUUCUUUAUUUUGACUUUACGUCAAUAAAUAAGCUAAUUUGGUAAAUGCCAAAAGUAUGUGAUAGCAUAGAAAAGUUUUUUGGAAUUUUUUUAAUAUAUCCGUAUCUUUCAUCUGAAUAAUCAUGGAAUACAUAUAUAAUUAUAUUUUAUAUUUUAAUACUUAUAAUAAUCUUUACAAUAUGUUUGAUGUUCUAUACAAGUUUGGCUUAGAAAAAAACAUUGCAUUUUUAAUGGCCUAUAAUAAUAUUAAAAUAUUUAUGUAUAUAUAUAAAUUCAAUACUAUAUGUGCCUAUAGUGCAUUAUUUAGCGAAUAUUUUAAACUGCUCAGAAUUAAUAAUAAAUAAUAAUAAAGAAGAAGCACAUUCUAAAUUCAAUGAAACAUUAUGUUGGACUGGUUUACAUAUAUUACAUAGUUUUAUUGGUGUUUUUUUUAUUUCCAUAUUAAGUAUUUUAAACUUUUCCCUACUGAUAACUUUUUUUGACCGUAGAAUGAAUUCAAAUGAUCCAAACGCAAAGUUAAGUGGAUAAACAAAUUAUAGUUUUGGAAUAUAUAAAUUACUUAUAAUUAUAAUAUUUGUAUUUAUGAACAAUGACUAGUUUUCUUAUUUACUUUUAGCACUUAUCCUUGGAGGCUCCAUUUUAAUUUUUUAACGAGUUCAUUUUCAUAACUCUUAUAUAAACGAAAAAAUAAAUAAAUUAUGGGAUUGCUUGGCUUCGAUACAAUUAUGGACUGCUAUAUGCCUUAUCGCCUCAAAAUUAAUGGAAUAAAAAAUUUUUUAAGGCACUUUAUUAAUGUGGAUCAUUGGUAUUCCUUUUUUAGUGAUAUAUAUAUGCACAUCCAGAGAUUAGAAUUUGAAUUUUCUUCUUUCGAAUAUUAAUAAAUUUGCAAAUGGAGAAGAAUUAAUAAUUCAAAUAUGUGAACUAUAAAAAUUAAUAAGAAAUUACAAAAUUGACGCUUAUUAUACUGCAAUACUUGACGGAUAUGUAGAAAUCCAUAAAUAAAAUUGCUAAAGGGAAGAUUGUCCUAUAGUAGUAAAAAAUAAUUUAAAAAUAAACAGAAUAAUAAAAUAAAUACAAGCAAAUAAUUAAAAUGAUAUCCAAAAUGAAAAGCAUUGUAAAUUGAUACAUUUGGUAUAUACUAUGUUUUUAGAAGGAGUUAAAAAAUUCCCUAAUAAUACCAAUUUAAGAAUUCUAUUUACAUUUUUUCUAAUCGAAAAAAUGAAAUUUAAGCAAACAGCACUCCACGAACUUAACGUGGUAGAAGAAAAUAGCCCUCCUUUUGACAUUUAGUUUACUAUAUUUCACUUAAAAAAAUUAAUCGAAGAAGAAAUUAAACUCGAAAAUAAAUUAAACAAAUAAAAACACGGAAAUAAUGAUGAAGAAGCAGGGGUACUUGAUAUUAUAAGUGAAAUUAGAUAUAAAGAAAUUCUCAAAUAAUUUAAAUAUAAUAUUGAAAUAUGUUCAGAAGCUCAUAUGGAUUUCUGGUCCUAAUUAUCUGAAGAAACUCCUGACAUGUAAAAAUUACAUUAGUUCGGAAAACAUAUUAUUCGUUCAAAGGCUAAAGUUGAGAAUUGUUGGAAUAAACUCAUUAAAAUAUGUAAUAAAAGACCUUAACCAUAUUUAUUGUACUCAAAUUUUUUAUUCGAAAUAUUACACGAUAACCAAUAUUCUCGAUUAAUAUUAAACCAGGCGAAUUUACUUUAAAAAAAUACUCGAAAAAAUUUAAAAAAUAUACAAACAGCUCCAAACGCUUCUUUAUAACAAGAUGAUUAAGAAUCGGAUAUUUAAGCAACUUUAUCUAUAUCUACUGAAAGUGAUAAAUUAGGUUUAAUAACAUAAAUUAAUGUUUCUGCUGCAAGUUUAUUUGGAUAUAAUAAGACAGAGUUAAUAAAUAGAAAAAUAAAUAGUUUAAUGCCAUCUUUAUAUGGAACAAAUCAUGAUAAUUUUAUCGAAAAUUAUUUAAAUAAUAAUGAAUUUACUUUUUUUAAAGAAGAAAAACAUCUUUUUUUAUUACACAAAAGUAAUUAUAUAAUCCCUAUUUUUAUUUCUGUUAAAUCUGUUGAAAGUCUUCAACAUGGAUUAUAGUUAAUUGGACACUUUCGACCUGAUAAAUAAUAUAGAAAUUAAUGCUAUUUAAUUAUAGAUGAUGGUGAUAAUAUAAAUUCUAUUUCUGCAUCAUGCGUUAAUAUACUUUAAAUAGAUCAUAAAAUUCUUCAUGUUAAAGAUAAAAAAGUCGAUAGUUAUUUGUAAGGAUUAAUGACUGAUAAAGAUAAAUAUUUUGCAAAAUAAGGAUCUUUAUUUAAUUAUGCACUUCCUAAGGAGAAAACUAAUUAUCAUAAUUCUAUUAUUAAUGGUCAUUUAAAAAAAUACAAAGUCUUUUUAUAAAAUAUUUCUUUUAAAAAUAAACAUAAUGCUGGCCAUAUUAUACGUAUAGAAUGCUCAUAAGAAUAAGUUCUUAAUCUGAAUUAGAGAACACCUAUUCCGUGUACUUUUUAGUUUAUUUAUGAUAAUAAUCAAAAAAUUUACAAUGGUUAAUAUACUUUGAUCACUAAUGAUUUUGACUAAAGCGAAUAAAAAAAAUAAGAAUGUCUCUAAAAUAAUCAAGUAUAAGGUUAAGAUAUUUUUAUAUAUAACCCAAAUAUUCGAUAAACAUUGUAUCAUCAAAUUUGUUAAAAAUACAAUGUAGCAAUAAGAGGAAAUUAUGACAAAGGAAUAUCAACAAGACGUUUAUUCAAAAACAAAAUAACGGAUAUUAACUAAUUCAAAGACUCAGAAUCUGAGCAUUCAUCAAAUGAAGAAGAUGAUUUUAAUGAUUCAUUAUUUAAAAAUAAUGGAGAAGAUGGAGAGGAAGGUAUACAACUAACAAAUAAUUUUGGCAAUAGUUUCAACUCAAAAAAAAGUUUGAAUCAAAUAAUUAACUCUUAAAUAGUUCCUACUGCAAUUUAAAACUUGAAUAUUUUAGUAAAAAUUAUGUUAUUGAUUCUUACUAUUAUUUCUUUUGUGGAAUAUUUUAUUACUAAUUAAGAACUUAACUAAACGAAAGAUUUAUUAUAACUUAUUAAUUAUUCAAAUAAAAGAGUAGCUAAUUUACAUUAUAUACAAGCAAAUCUUAGAGAUUUAUGCUUAAUUAACUUAGGUUUAAUUAAUAGCUCGAAAGCUGCCUUAUUGAAAGCUGAUACUUUAAAAAUUAUAGACGAAAUCGAUUAAUUAUCAAAUUAUUUAUAAUUAAAUACAAGCAAUGCUACUUCAAAAGAAUUAAAAAACAUUCUUUACGAAAAUAUAAUAAAAAUUUACUUAAAAACUGGAAAUACUGAAAAUCAUAAUCUAAAUGAUUCUACAUAAUAAAUGAUUUCAAAUGCUUUAGUUAUUUUAAAUACACAAUUAAAUUAAAUACAAUAGACAAAUUAAGAUUUUAUUUUUUAUUAAAAGAAUGUUUUUAAUGACUAUCUUUACUAUAUUAGAGAAAGUAAUUAUUAUUAUGUAAAAGAGCUUGAAGCAUAAACAACAAAUAAGACAACAACCCUUUUUGUGCUUUUAUUACUAUCGCCAAUUUUUAUAUGCAUAAUGAUGGUAGUAUUAUCUCCAGUGCUUAUAAACUUAAAUCAAUCAAAUUUGGAAGUUAUAAACCUUUUUUUGGCAAUUCCAAAUAAGCAUAUUCUUUCUUUACAUAUAUAAUCAUAAAGCUUUAUUUCUUAAUUAAGAGCUGAUGAUGAAGAUUUAUAAUCAGUAAACGAUUUUGACAGAGAAUAUGAUGAAGAAAAUCAAUAAUAAGAUCAUGAAAAAAUAGAAAUUGCAGGAGAAUCUGGAGACGAAAACUUUACUCGCCGAAAGAAAAAAAAAUUCGUUAAUCGAAUUAAAAAUAGUAGUUUUUACAUUGUUUCAAAAAUGUUUUUUGGGGUUUUAGUAUUAGAAGUUUAUUUUAUAAUUUGUUAUUUUAUGGCUGACAAUCUUCUUGAUAAUAUAAAAAAUAAAAUACCAGAAUUAAAUUAUACUAAUUAUGCGGAAGGUUAUUAUAUUUAUGCAGAUAAUUGUCAAAGAAAUUUAUUUUUAAAUCCAUAAAUGCCAAUUUUAAAUUAAUCUCCUCUUUAAGUUUCAAUAUAUAAUAUAAAUUAAAUAUUUAAGUUAGAUUCAGACAUUCUUUAUGAUCAUUCUAGAAACAUAUAAAUUCAUAAAAAUAUUUAUAAUGAUGAGUUCAAAUUUAUUAUGACUUAAAAUCCAUGUUCAUUUUUCUUAGAAGCUAGUGCCAUAACAUAAAUUUCUGAUUGUAAUAUAUUUGCCAAUGGUGCUGUAUAAUCUGGAAUGACAGUAGCAUUUACACGUUAUUUUGAAAAUAUUAGAUAAAUGCUAACUUUUUAUUAAUAAAUUAUGGAUGAUGAUAAUGAUUUUGAUUUCUAAAAUAUUGCACCUUCGAAUUUUUAAAAAAAAAAUAUUUUUCCUAAUAAUCCUAAAUUAAAUGAUGUUUAUAAUUUGCUUGCAAUACCUCUAGCUAAUGAAAUUAGAGAUAUGUAAAAUAUUUAUAUUAAAUCAGCAUUAAGAAGACUCGUUUAUAAAUUCUAAUUGUCUAUAGAUGAGUCUAUUAACACUUUAUCUACUGUUAAGUUUGUUCUUUUUAUUACAUUCCUAUUUAUGGUAUUUAUUAUUUAUUUUCUUUUUUGGUGGCCUAUAGCUGAUAAACUUACAGAAGAUAUAUGGAAAACAAGAUCUUUACUUACGACUGUGCCUUUAAAUGUUAUUAAAGUUGUUAAACCUAUUUAAAUAUAUAUAAAAUUUUUGUAUGAUAUCGAAUAAAAAGAAUAAAUGAAAAAACAAAAUAAAGAAAAUGCUAAAAAUGAAAGAGUAAGUAAAAAUAAAAUUUGA